AGUGAGGCACAAGCACCAAAAACACCAUUUGCGCUUAAUUAUUUGCCAUGGCUUCUGCCUCUUGUCUUAGCUUGUUGGUGCUCAUAACAAUGGCCUCAGCUGCGUCGGGGCAGCUGUCGUCGACGUUCUACGACACCUCGUGCCCCAACGCGCUGUCCACCAUCAAGAGUGCGGUGACUGCCGCCGUGAGCAGCGAGGCCCGCAUGGGGGCGUCGCUAGUCCGGCUGCACUUCCACGACUGUUUUGUCGAUGGAUGUGACGGGUCAGUUCUGUUGGCGGACACAGGGAGCUUCGUCGGAGAGCAAGGGGCAGCUCCGAACAAUGGUUCCAUUCGAGGCAUGAACGUCAUCGACAACAUCAAGACGCAGGUGGAGGCCGUGUGCAACCAGACCGUAUCAUGCGCCGACAUCCUCGCCGUCGCCGCCCGUGACUCCGUGGUCGCGCUCGGAGGGCCGACAUGGACGGUUCUACUAGGGAGGAGGGACUCUACCACCGCAAGCAAGACCAAUGCAGAACGCGACCUGCCUCCUCCUUCCUUCGACCUCACGAAUCUCACCACCGCUUUCGCCAACAAGCAACUCAGCGUAACAGACAUGGUGGCGCUCUCAGGCGCCCACACCAUCGGUCAGGCGCAGUGCCUCAACUUCAGGGACAGGCUCUACAACGAGACAAACAUCGACACGACCUUCGCGACGUCGCUCAAGGCCAACUGCCCGCGACCCACCGGCUCCGGCGACGGCAGCCUAGCGCCGCUGGACACGACGACGCCCAACGCCUUCGACAACGCCUACUACACCAACCUGAUGUCCCAGAAGGGGCUUCUGCACUCGGACCAAGUGCUGCUCAACGGCGGCAGCACCGACAACACCGUCAGGAACUUCGCCUCCAGCGCAGCGGCGUUCAGCAGCGCCUUCGCCACGGCCAUGGUUAACAUGGGGAACAUCGCGCCCAAGACGGGGACGCAGGGCCAGAUCAGGCUCACCUGCUCCAAGGUGAACUCUUAGUUUGGGAGUCGUCACUCCUCCGCUGGGGAUGAACUAAAUAAGGCCUCGAUAGCCAGUAUACCAGGCAACACGAGUACUAUUAUUACUACGUAGCGUGCGAACGUGUGGUGUAAUAUCACCGUGUAAUGAAUUCUCGUGCAAAGGCAUGGAGAAAAUCAAUUGCUUCCCUUUAUCUCAAA